UAUAAAGAAAAAGAUAAGAGCUAAGAAAUUUCUCAAUGAAAAAGACUAGGUGAAACCAUUAAGCAAAACUGUUCUAUUUCUGUUGCGUGUCAUUUAUCUCAAUAAUAAUGACAUGAAAAGUGAAAACCCACCAAACAAAAACGCUUUGGUAUCUCCUCCUCUCUGUAUCUCAGUGACCUUUGCCUUGUCCAAAGACUACAAGCAUUUUUAUGGUAACCCUUUAUGGUGUACACGCAGAACCAUUUAAGCAUAUAUGUGAAAGCAGAAAGCAUCUCACCAUUUGGGCUGGAGAUCAUUAUUGGCUUCUUCACAACUCUGUGAUAAAGGAGAGAUGCCUUUCUUUUGAAGUCUUGAUCUUCUGGGAAUCCUGACAGAGAGAGAACUGCUCUUGCUAUAACUCAAAGGCCCAUCUCUCUCUCUCUCUCCCUCUCCUCUCUCUCUCUCUCUCUCUCUCUCUCUCUCUCUCUCUCUCUGAAAGCUGCAGAUCAAGAAAGAAAGCACAAAAUCCCAUACUUAAUAAUUUGGUGUUGGGGUUCUCUAAUUUUUCUUCAUAUAGCAACACCAAACUGAAGUUUUCUAGCCCUCUAAGUUCUAUCACAACCAAAGUCAAGUUUUCAGCGUUCUAUCAACACCGAAGUGAAGUUUUUGAGCCUUAAAUCAGCACCCAAGUGAAGUUUUUGAGCCUUAAAUCAGCACCCAAGUGGAGUUUUUACCCUUAUAAUCAACACCCAAGUUAAGUUUUUGAGCCCUAAGUCAGCACCCAAGUGAAGUUUUUUGGCCUUAUCAAGUGAAGUUUUGAGCUUUACGAUCAAUACCCAGGUGAGUUUGAAGCCUCUAGCUAGAACCUCAAGGCUCCAGCAUCUGUUGAAGGUGAAGCAAGCCAGGCUCUGUUCCGUACAUGAAGGAAAUGAAUUACCUUCUAUCAAUCUCUUUUGUAGUUCGAUUUCCUGUGGAAGAAACUUGAAGGAAUCAAAGAUCAUAACUUCCAUCAAAAAAAGCUCAAAGGGCGAGCUUAGCUUCAUUUGAAAAUCAAAAGGGUACAACAGUUUUGAACUCCAGCUUUUGCCUUGAGUGCUUAUUAUUAAGUUGUGAAACAGCAAUGGGAAGUACUCUUCAUUAUCGGCCACACAGACUACUUCUUGACCCAGAAUCAAAGCCGCCAAUCAACGAUGGAACCAGAACAAGAGGGUCAUAUUCUAGAGAGGCAAAUUUUGACACCAACAUGGUGAUCAUACUGGCAGCUUUGCUUUGUGCUCUGAUAUGUGCUUUAGGCCUCAAUUCCAUAGUGCGAUGUGCUCUUAGAUGUAGCAGGAGGUUUACCAGUUUUGGGAGCCCAGAUCAGUCUGCUGGGCGUCUGUCUGCUACCGGCCUGAAUAAAAGCGCAUUGCGGCAGAUUCCAGUGGCUGCAUAUGGGUCAGGGCUAGAUAUUAAGGCCACAGAUUGCCCAAUUUGCCUUGGAGAAUUCAUUGAUGGUGAGAAAGUAAGAGUCUUGCCCAAAUGUAAUCAUGGGUUUCAUGUCAGGUGCAUAGACACGUGGCUGUUGUCACACUCAUCUUGUCCAACUUGCCGCCAGUCAUUGCUGGAGCAAGCAACAAUAAAAAGCUCAAAUCCUGCAGAUGUUGAGGUCGGAAUUCGGCAACAUGGGAAUUCACCUGGUGGACAAGCUGAUACUCCUGUAGAUGCGGUGGGUUGAUUGACAUUGGUCUUGAAUUAUUUCUCACAGAGAAGGGGAAAAAAAGAGUAAUGUGGUCAAGAGGGUUUUGGUGUCGGUGCCUCCAUGUAGCUGUUUAUUUGUCUUUUGAUUUCAUAUGUGAACUAUAAAAAUGCAUUUUGGGAAGAAAGCAUCCAUAUAUGAGAUGUAAUUGAUGAACAAAUUUUUGUCCUUAUCUGAUUGGGCUGCAGAAAAAAAGGAAGAACUCGUGAAGCAAUGUUAGCAAACUGGUGUUUCCAUGAAAUAAUACUCAUGUUGGAAAAAGGGGAGAUUGUCAAUUUGAGCUACUCAAACUCUUGGAUUACAAUUUGAGUUUGGACCCAGAAAAACAAAUGAAAUCAUUUUGUUCAAUCUUAAGGUGCAAACUUUGAAUGCAA